AUGCUCUUGGGACGACCCUGGAUUCACGAGAAUGAAAUUAUACCAUCUACCCUGCAUCAAUGUUUCAAAUAUUGUCGAGGCGGUAUAGUUAAGAAAGUUGUUGCCGAUGAUAAACCUUUCACUGAGGCCGAGACUCACUUUGCCGACGCUAAAUUUUACCUUCAGAAAGAGGCAAAAAGAAAAGAAUCAGUAAAGGAAGAAAGGCAAGAUUUCAAAGGAUCCAUUUUGCGGUAUAUUCCAAGAUCAAGGAGAGAAGAAGGCCAGUCUUCUUUUAUUAGGAAUGAUACAUUAAAUGUUCCGCUCACCAAGAUAGAGCCUGUUAAAAAUGAGAAAGCUAACUCGCAAGGAUUUGUACGUCCCAAAGAAGAAUCGGCAGUAGAACAUUACUCACUACCAACUAAUCGGACUCAAGAAAGUUUUGAUCCAAACGCAUACAAACUUCUUACUAAGGCCGGUUAUAACCCAAAUGAGAAGCAUGCAUUAGGCAAACUCCCUCCUGAGGUGACUUGCGAGAAAACUCAUGGGUUAACACCUACGCAGAAAAUGUUGAAAGAAAAAGAUUAUAAUGUUGAAAGUUCAUCGAUGGGUCUUGGUUAUCAACCGCCUUCUCCAGUGCGUAUAAUGAUUAAAAGGGCAAGUUGUAACUACGUGAACGAGGAAAUGGAGGUCACAAGCCGAAGGAGAUCUGUGUUUGAUAGGUUGGGAAAUAAGUCAAAGCGUACUUCUGUGUUUGACAGACUUGACCCGCAGCCGAAAAAUUUGAAACCGCCUAUCUAUGAAAGAUUAGGCAGUAAAAAGCAAGAGUACCAAGUUGCCAAGGAAGAAAGUCUUACUCCAAUAAAGAAGAACGGACCAAGAAAGCGAGUCUCCAAUUUCUUCAUGCACUACGGAGACUUAUUCAAUGUAAGAAUUGAAACCAUUUUUGAAGAACAGGAUCAAGAAAAUAUGGCUUCCUGUCAUCAUAUUACGAUUAGUGAUCCCGAAGAAGAAGAAGAAGAUGCAGAUGACGCUUCCCCUGAACUUGAACAAGGGAUAAAAAAUACAGUCGAUGCGCUAAAAGAGAUUAACCUUGACACAAGCGACGAUCUUCACCCAAUUUACAUAAGCUCUUGUAUGACUCCUGAAGAAGAAAAAGAGUAUGUUGAUUUGCUGCUCGAGUUCAGGGACGUCUUUGCCUGGAAUUACUCAGAAAUGCCUGAUUUGGAUCCAAGGGUCGCCGUUCAUAAUUUGUCUGUCAAGCGAGGAACAAAACCUGUCAAGCAAACUCAAAAGCGCUUUCGGCCCGAAUUAAUUCCUCUGAUAGAAAAUGAGAUAAAUCGAUUGAUUGAAACCGGAUUCAUACGAGAAGUAAAAUAUUCAACAUGGAUUUCAAGUAUCGUCCCUGUAAGGAAGAAGAAUGGGCAAAUUCGAGUUUGUGUUGACUUUCGAGACUUAAACGAGGCUUGCCCCAAAGAUGAUUUUCCUCUCUCUAUCACAGAAUUGAUGGUAGAUGCUACAACCGGGCAUGAAGCACUAUCUUUUCUCGAUGGAUCGUCCGGUUACAAUCAAAUACGCAUGGCGCCCGAGAAUGAGGAGCUCACUGCCUUCCGCACCCCCAAGGGAAUUUAUUGCUAUAAAGUAAUGCCGUUUGGCUUGAAAAAUGCUGGAACGAUAUAUCAAAGGGCAAUGCAAAGAAUAUUUGAUGAUAUGCUCCAUAGAAAUGUGGAGUCCUACGUUGAUGAUCUUGUGGUGAAAUCAAAGAAGCGAGAGGAUCAUAUUUAA